UUUUUUUUCUAUAGCUAUUAUAUCGCACACUUAUUCCAAAACUGUCACUAUCCAAAAUUUCGUAAUAUCGAGAUAAUAACGCCAUCAGUUGAUCAAUUUCUAACUAAAAAGAGCCGCAUUGACACUUUCUUAAAAAUGCCAAAAACUACUGCUAGAUGGCAGUAGUCUCUUUUGCCACUAAACAAAAUUCCCCACCCCGCGCAGUGCUAGACUGACGCUUAACACGAAAACACGUGUCGCCCGUACCAGAAUAGACCGUUGUUGAGCGACAAACCGACACUUUGGUCAUUAAGUCAGUUUUUCGGUGCCAUCAUUGGUUUUUUUUUAAAAUGCAUCGAAGAGACAAAUUGUUGAAACUCGCUCUGGAUCUUCAGGCAGAAAAUAGCGCAGAACCAUCGACCUCGCAGAAAUCUCGCAGGGUAAGCUGCUCAUCUUCUCAGAGUUCAUCUUCCUCGAGCAGUUCUUCGUCUUCAAGUAGCGCUGCUUCUACAAUUGGCUCCUAUGUUUCGGGGUCAAUAAAAUCUUCAGAUAACAUUUACCGUCCCAUCGCCAAUUCACUAUUACAAAGAAAAGUAUUUGAAUCUUUGCCAAGCACAUCUAAUCUACAAAAACAUGUAACUAAUCAAACUGAAUUACCAAGACAAAGAUCAUUAAGCACCGGUUCUAGGUCUUCUACCCUUUCUUCAAGAGCAGGUGAUUUUUCACCUGACGAUAAUGAUUCUGAUUAUAACCCUGUCCCUGAUAGAAUUAUCGAUGAAAGCUCUGACAACGAGCAAGAAAAUUUAAUAAUAUUACCACCAAAGAAAAAACGGAAGGGUAUUAUAAAUUCUAAAAAGCUAAUAGCUAAACAAUUACGUAAUUCAGGCAAAGAAUACGUUUCUUUAUCAAAAUCAAAAAAAAAUGUGCCCCAGAGAAGCAUGGGACCGCCUUGUUCAGAACGAUGUCGUUUGAAAUGUUUCGAUAAAAUUAAUGAUGGUGACAGAACGAUUAUUUUUGGUUUAUAUUGGGCAAUGGGUUGUGUUACUCGACAACGGGAUUUUAUCAGUAAGAACUUGACUGUUAUUAAACCAAAGUAUAGUUACAAAAAAGAAAAUAGCAAUCGUAAACCAAAGCAUGGUUUCCACCUAACAGUAAAUGGUAAACAAAUACGGGUGUGCAAAAUAUUCUUCAAAAACACUCUGGGGAUUAAUGAUAGACCUAUCAGAACUGUCUUAGAGAAGUUGUGUGAUAGCGGAAUGGUAGAAUCUGACAAAAGAGGCAAACACGGAAAUCAAGUAAAAGUUGUUGAUGAAGUGAUACAGGGUAUAAAAAGUCAUAUUGACUCCAUUCCUCGUAUAGAAAGCCACUACUUAAGAAAACAGACUAGUAGAGAGUACAUCGACGGAGGUAAAAGUUUAUCUGAUUUGUAUAGAGAUUAUAGAAAACUCUGUGAAGAAGAAGGAAAGCCAGCUGGCGAAAUACACACUUAUCGUAAGAUAUUUCACAAAGAUUACAAUAUCAGUUUUUUAUUCCAAAAAAGACAUGUGCGAGUUUUGUACAUCUUACGAAAAUAUGAGUCAAAUAGAAAAAGAAACUAA